CCAACCAUCAAUAUUCAAUCCGUAGUCACCUUUAUCUCUAUUGUCACCUAGGAAGAACCUGUUUCAAUUGACAACCUCACGACAAUGUCGACACCACUCGGCCUCUCCCCAGCCACCUCCUUCGCCAUUCCAGCCGGCUUUCUCGCCUGGAACUGGGCUUUCGCGUACGUGGCACUGUCUAGCAGGCCAUGGAAGCAAAGCGUCGGUAUCGACCACAAUGGUAGCCCGCGGCAAGAUCUGACCAAGUACGCCGAGGCUGCGAUUCGCGAAGGCAAAAUGACUCGGGCCCAGCUCGACCGCAUUUACCGCAUCGAAGCUGCCAGUGCAAAUUCCACCGAUGGAUUUGCUUUUUUCGCUACCUCGGUCCUCUUUGCUCUAGUGUCCGGCGUCCCUGAAUCGGCACUCAUAAAGGGGUGUACCGCAUAUACGCUCACCAGGCUAGUAUAUGGAGCGGUGUACGUCUUUAUUCCACACGACCUCUACAGUCAGCUCCGCGGAAUUGCGUGGUGGACAGGGAACUUUUCCUGCUUGUACCUGUUAUGGAAGGGCGGCCGAGGCUGAGUUAGUUCAUGGUCCUUACAAAGGAGAUUCAAUGAUACUCUACUGUCCUUUUUGUAUACUUUUUGCUUACUACUACCUAUCUAUCUAAAACCUCCACUGUGUGUAUGGAUUGUGUUGACCAUCCGGUCAAGAAAAGAACUCACAUCUUCUGCUGAACCACCCCUUGUGUCCUCUCCCC